UUCAGAUGUUGGAUUAUCGACAUUUGUCCAAUGGUGAUAUUGUCCAUCGAAUGCCGGUUCCUGAUUUGGAAUUGGAGUCCCAAUGUUGCAGUUGCUGUUCGGUGAAUCAAGGCCAGGUGAUGUAACGCAACCGAGGCUUCGACGGAAAUCGUCGGAUCCGUGAACUUCGGCGAUCAGUAACUUGUUCAGAGAACCAAAGGAUAAUUCGGAAUGCCGGCGCGGGUGAUGCCUGGAAGGAGCGAGCCAAGGAAGGAUGAUAAGGAUGUCGCCAUCCAUGAGCCGUCUCAACGCCUCGGUAUCGGAUAUAAAAAGCCUUGUGCCGUUGACAGGAUAAUUCAGUCUGCCUGUUUCCCCAGACAAUAUUGGUAUCGCAACAUCAGGCACGGAAUUUCUUCAACGGACUAUCUUACUGACCACUCGGAUUUAAUUUGGAUCAAUUGUUCGUGAUUUAGUGUGUUUGUUAGGGUGGUCUUUGAGAAUGUCCAUCUUCGGCCGCUCGACGUACUCCUCUGCUGGGUAUGCUGCCUUUCGGCCCUCAUAUCCCUCGGUUCUUUACGACCGGGUGUUGAGAUUUCACGGCAAAGAGGCCCCUUCCUUCCCAUCACCAUCGUCGUCUUCGCCGGCAGCUGGAACACUGCUGGACCUUGGCUGCGGGCAUGGCUUGGUGGCGCGCGCACUCGCUCCCUAUUUCAGCCGUGUUAUCGCCCUUGAUCCUUCGGCCGGCAUGAUUGAACAGGCUCGCAAGCUGACCGGCGACAACUCCAAGAUUACGUUCAAGCAAGGCGGAGCCGAGGACCUUUCUUUCCUUGACGACAAUGCCGUUGACUGUGUGGUUGCUGGCCAAGCGGCGCAUUGGUUUGACUACUCCAAGGUCUGGCCAGCACUUGCACGGGUCGUGAAGCGCGGCGGAACCCUGGCUUUCUGGGGUUACAAGGACCACAUCAUCGUUGGGCGACCGGAAACAACGCCCAUCUUUGACAGGUUCAUCUACGGCGAGACGGAGCCGGCGCCGGGCGUGGAAAGCAUGAUGCGUUUUUGGGAACAGCCCGGCCGGAACAUAUUACGGGAUUCACUGCGGGAGGUAGUUCCUCCCGAGACGGAAUGGGAACAUGUGGCCCGCAUUGCUUGGGAUCCCAAUCAUGAGACGGGCGACAUUAGCGAUGCUCCGGAAGAGGCCACUUGGUUGCGUCGGAGGCUCAAGUUGGGCGAGUUGGCGAGCUAUAUUCGCACGUUCAGUGCCUUCAGUGGUUGGAGAAGCGCCCAUCCCGAGAUGAAGUGCAGGGCGGACGGAGGAGAGGGCGACAUUGUUGACUUGAUGUUUGACGAGGUUGUUGCUGCGGUGCCGGAAUGGAAAGCGGCGGGGGAUCGAUGGGCCGAAAUCGAGGUUGAUGCUGUUUGGGGAACCGCUUUGUUGAUGGCGAAGAGACGAUGAAUUGGUGGUGUAUGAUUAUUAGAAUCGCGGUAAAUCCGUCAACGUGUGUCGUACCCCUUUUGAUAGGUAGGAUAUCAGGAUUCAGAAGGAGACGAUACUGUACUGUACAGUGGUGGCUGACGUUGAACUUGCUAUCCGGGCAGUGUCACCGGCCCCCUU